AUGUCUAAAAAUUAUACGGAAUUUGUAUUUGUAUUGGUCGACGGAAAGGCAGUUGUAUGGCGCAUUUUAGGGCUUUCGACGACUGAAUUGAUUCACAGAAUUCUGGAUGUUACCAAUUGUGAAUUAAUCCCAGAAGUGCAGUUCUGGGAAACAGAAUCAUUCGAUGCACUUCCGAUUCUUGCGACACUUCCACAUAUCGAACAAAUCUAUAUCUCGCGUGACUGUAACGAAGUUUUUGUUCACAAAAUGUUGGAAAUGCUCUCGAAAGUGACCUCUAAUAUUGAUAUGUAUCAAGACAGGUUCGCAAACCUUGAACAAUUUCAAAAAGUUCUCAUGCUGAACAUGAAUAGCAUCACAAUCAAUGUGAUGACUGCCCGGGACCCAACCCGUUUUCGACUAUCUCUAGAUGCCCUUCUUAUUUCCAAUGCUGUACAUCUACAUCUCUUUGAAGUCAUGAUAAGUGUGAAAAAUCUCAACCGUUUUUUUAAGCUGUGGAUAAGGAACAAGUCGAAUCCCCGACUGGAACAUUUCAUACUCAUUACUUCGGAAGAGGUGAGUCGAGAUGUCCUCCUGAAGGGACUCAAUGCUAUCGAGAUGCCUCAAAGUACAACGAGAACAUUCCGAGUCACGGACCAUGCUAAUUCUCGGUGCCGAGAAAAAGUUGUGACUGGAGGGUUGGAUGUAAUGAGAUCGGAUGGGACACGAGCAACUUUGGAAAUUAAAGCGAUGCCUGGAAUAAGUGUUGUUGAGUUUUAUGUUUGGAUGUGA